AUGCCAAGUAUUUUACCAGUUAGAAAUUUCUCGAGAGUAGAUAUUAUACAAUUUGUUCAUUUACUCAAAAAUGAGGAUUUGAAUAUGGUAAAAUCAUUCUUAUCAACACACAAUUACUGUACAACAAUCAUCAAUACAUUAGAAUUCAAAGAUUCUUUAUUGGAACACCUGAGUUCUUCCACCGCAUUUGACAUGGAAUUAUUUAACAAAGCAAACGGCAUUUUAUAUGACCAUCUUAUUCAAUUGACAGACAUAAAGACGCAAGAUCUAGUGAAAUUUAACGAAGAAUACAUACAAGCUUCUUUAAAACAUAACCUUCAUAGAACAGAUCCACUAGUACUAAAUUUAUAUAAUGAACUAUCAUGUAAAGGUAAAUCGCUUUGUCCAAAUCUCGAUUUAUUUUGCAUAUACUUUUUAUCAACCAUAAUAUCUAGGAAUUUUGAAUUAACACCACCUAAAAGAGAGGUUCCAUCUAGUACCGAAAUAACCGAACCUCCUCUUAUUAGUAUUAAUAGAGAACAUUUAGACACAUUUUUGAAAGCAUUGAAGAAAGGGGAUGUAGAAGGUGCGAAGACUCUUUUAUCCGUAAAUAAUUACGCCACGACAAUUCAUGAUACAUUAGAAUUUAGUGAUUCUUUAAGGCAUCAUCUAGAUUCAAAUCAUGAAUUAUAUCAUGCAUCAGAUAGGUUCUUAAAAGAACAUUUGAAAAACGUUCUUGUUCCCAACGGGAAUACGCAAGAAUUAAUAAAACUUACCGAAGAAUAUAAUCAAUAUUCUUUAAAGUAUUAUUUAAAGAAAUCACAUCCACAACAAGUCCUUUCCAUGUACGAAGGUUUACUACAAAAGGAAAAUUUCAAACUUUCCUACGAAUAUAAGCUCGUAAUAUUCUGUGCAUAUAUUAAAUUAAAUGAUGCAAAUUCAGCCUUAAGAUUCUUCAUUUCCGAUAUUUCAUCGUCACCGGAAUUCUCUCUUCCAACUUUUACAAAGAGUAUUCAAUCACUGUCGAAUGAAUUAGAAUAUAACAAAGUUCAAGAAAUCUUACGUUGUCAUUAUAUUCAAAAACUUUCACCAAAUUCCGAAGAAUUCACGAAUUAUAUAAAACGAUUAUUCUCUUAUAAAACCUUAACCACAACAAAUUCAGCAUUAAACCUUUAUCAAAAACUUUGUGAUCUCGAAGUGAAACUGAAUUCAAUUACAUACGGAGCAUUUAUAAUGGGAUUCUUAUCACAUGAUAAAUACACUGAAGCCGAAUUCAUUUAUAAUGACAUGAUCAAAAGAGGACAAAAACCUACACAAGUGAUAUAUAAUGGGAUGCUUGAUGGAUUUUCAAGAAGGCGUAAUGUUAAGAAGAUUUAUGAAAUUUGGCAACAAAUGUUGGAUGACAAAAUCAAACCUGACGAAAUCGCUUAUUGUGCUAUGAUGGAAACCUAUUUUAAAACUGGGGAGAGUCGUAAAGCGAUUGAAAUAUUUCAACAAAUGUCUUUAGAUCCAAAAAUCAAAUUAAAUGAAAUCAUUUAUAAUCGGGUGAUUGAUGGAUUAUUAUCAAAUAAUCGAGUAGAUGAAGCGAUUAUGAUUUAUAAUCAAAUGAAAAAUCAAAAGAUUACCCCUAAUAUAGUUACUUAUAAUACUUUAAUUAAUAAAUUACUUGAUAAGAAGAAAGAACAAUUUGCGAUGAAAGUUUUACAAGACAUGCAACAAUUUAAUAUUACACCUGAUGUUACAACUUUAACAACUAUUUUAAAGAGGCAAUUUCAAAAUCGGGACGUUAAAGGGGUGCAAAAUGUUUUAAACAUGUUUGAUUCCAUGAAGAUUCGACCAAAUACAAAAACUUAUGGUACUCUUAUUAAUGGUUUAGUAAAUUAUUUUAAUGACUUGGUUGGUGCCGAAAUGGCUUUUAAUGAGAUGAUGUAUAAGCGUGGAUUGUCUCCAACCAUUCAAAUUUAUUCCAAUAUGAUACAAGCGUAUAUUAAUCAUGGAAAAUUUCCAUUGGCUGAACAAUUAUAUUCGAAUUUAUUACAAAGUAAUUAUGUUCCCACGACCGCAACUUUUAAUUUAUUUAUUGGAGGUUAUUCUAGAGCUAAUCAGAUGGAUAAAGCAAUACAAUAUUAUGAGAGAAUGAUCGGUUUUGGGUUGAACCCAUCCGAUAACACUUAUAAAGCUUUAAUCAAUGGUUUCAUUACUUCUAAAAAUAUGUUGGGCGCUUCUCAAAUCUAUGAUAAUAUGAUAAGUGCGGAAUUUAUUCCUGAAAAUCCUGAGCUGAAAAGACUUUGUCAAAUAAUAGAACAAUGGAGAUCAAGACAAUUGAAUAUCAAUCAAAUCUUAAAAUCUUGA